AUGGGAUUAGGAAUGGGUGCCAAAUCGCUCGUCAUUAUCCUCUACCAGCUCUUAACCGGACAUGUUUCUCGCUUCCAACGAUGGGCAAGCCUGAAAGCAUACCUCAUUCUAAAUUCGCUCGAGAUCGUCUUUUGGGGCGCUGUGGUAUUCCUCGUUUUGCAAGCAAAUCUCCAGGUUGCCCUUUCGGUCUACAUGACUGUCAAUUCCUACCUGGACUAUCGUUACUACAAGACCAAUGGCCAGCAUCGAGAUUCCACUAUUAAACAGGAACUCCCGCUGCAUAACACGAGUGACUUGAGUGCCUGA